AUGGAGGAGAAACUGCCGGUAAAGGAUAUCUUAGGGAGUAAGCCACUUCGGCAGUUUUCGGAAGGGGUGCAAGGGCAGAGUUCAGGCUCUGGGGGAAACACUGAGAAGAGUAAAACCAUAUCCUAUAAGGAUAAGCUGCUCCAUCUAAAUGGGGAAGGCUAUGUUUCAGAGGAUGAUGAGGAAGACUGGAUGGAGAGACAAAGAAGAGAAGAGGAGGAGGAAGGCAUGGAGGAGGACCUGGAGGAGGAAGAUAACGACCCUUUAUGCCCUACCUAUAAAAUAUCAAAGGCUCAGCACAAGGAAGACUGUAAGAAAUGGAAGAAGGCUUUAAUCAUUAAGCUGUUGGGUAGAAGAAUAAGCUCAAGAUUCCUACUAGCAAGACUCCAACGUCUGUGGGGUUUGACUGGAACUUUCGAAGCCAUUGAUUUGGACAAUGGGUAUAUAGUCUUAUGUUUCUCUGAUGAUAGAGACUAUAUCCACGUUCUGCAAGAAGGCCCUUGGGUGAUAGCGGAUCAUUACUUGAUAGUCCAACGAUGGAGGCCGUUGUUCAACCCAUAUGAAGACGUUGUUCAGAAACUAGCUAUCUGGAUGCGUUUACCUGGGUUACCUAUUGAGCUCUAUUCCAAUCAACACUUGUGGAGGAUCGAUAACAUAUUCGGUAGGACCCUUAAGGUAGACAAGAACUUCAUUAGGACAGCAGAAGAGGGUGAUGGAGAGAUCACAGAGAAAGCCCGUUUUGCCAGAAUUUGUGUUGAAGUGAACUUAAAUAAAAGUCUAGUCUCUCAUUUCAAGAUAGGGAAUUGGACUAUCCAAGUGGGAUAUGAGGGGCUUCACCUCAUCUGCUUCUCCUGUGGAAAAUACGAGCAAAAGAAGGAUCAAUGUGGGAUAGCAAGGGCUCCCGUUGCUACAACAAGCUCCUCGCUUAACCAAAAACCUCCAGUCAAGACAUUGAGCCCUGAAGUUGAGUGUAAAGCCAAUAUCGAAGACGAAGCUUUUGGAAAUUAG